AUGCGAGCCAUAUUGCCGGGCCGACCCCAGUCGAAGCGGCAGGCUCUUAGUACUGCUCAUUGGGAUGGCCUUCGUCUUGUUGCCUACGUCUCCGGCAACGCGGCCAUCAUCCUUACCGGCCCUCAGUCUGUCAUCCAGACAAUAUACGUCGACACCGUUGAAUCCCUCCUUGCGAUAACAAUUGAUGAAGCAACGGGGCGAAUAGCUCUCUGCGAUGCCGAGCAUGUCUAUAUCUAUCGACCAGUUGGCCGAGAUGAGGGCGUUCUGCGGUGGGCACAGGUACACGAGCUGACACAUGCAAAAGGCCUUCGGGUGACCUCGUUAUCUUGGGGCUCUUCGGAAGAACUACUGGUCGGCGGUUCAAGGCUGGCUCUUUGGUUCAUCCCCGAGGCUGGCUCGCCGAGAAUCACCUGGGAAGAAGAGCUGGCGUACCCGGUAGCCCUGGCAUAUAUCUCUCCCGACAGCAGCCUGAUCGCGUCCGUGGGGCAGCAUGACAGAUUGGUCAAAAUCUGGCGACGGCUGUCGUACGAAGCAGAACGUGCCAGGUUUGAUGUCUCCUACCUGCCACAUCCAGCAGCGGUCACGAACCUGCACUGGCGAAAGCCAUGGUACCUCGAACAGAACCUCGACAGCUUGCUCUACACCUUCUGCUCUGACAACCAUGUCCGGGCAUGGACUAUGUUCGACCCGCAUGCUCUGUCCGUCUUGCAACAGGUUGGUGAUGUUGAUAUGAGUGCUUCAAUACAGCCCCGGAGGCUCAGUGUGAGUUCCAUGAGCACGAGACGCUAUGCAUUCAUAAUCGAUAGUCGCGAUUUUUCAACAGCCACAGAACAAGCUGUGCGAACAUCGAGUGCAGGCACUAGAGAUCACGCUCUCGAACAUCUCAUUGAAAUAGCCAACCGAAGCCCGGAGAUAUGUAUUGUCCUUGACGGACUAGGCCAUAUGUCUGUGUGGGGUCUGGAGAAUGCCGGCUACAAGAACAAAAUCCCUUCGGUCUUUCCUGUUUCUCACGUGGAUGGGAUGAAUAUACAUGUCCCUCAACUGAGCGACCCCUUGGAAGACUAUGUUCAGUUCUCCAUUUUCGCAGGUGGCACCACACGUUCGUCUCUCUCUCUACUGCUCCACUCUUUUGCUGGUGACAUAGAUUGGUAUGAUAGCCCAAUCACACACCUCUUUGAUACGGCCAUCAGACAAGAUCGAACACAGCUAAUAUCCUCCCUUGCCGGUCAUGGCGGUCCCAUCCACCGUGCGGCACGCAAUGUCGCCGGCAACAUCAUCUUGACCGCAUCUGAAGAAGGCGAUGCUAUAGUGUGGCAAAAUGGUGCGCGAGGCGAAAUGGCACCUUUGCUGCGCCGCAGCUCCUUCACCGUCAGAGCCGAUAUUAUUGACGCAGUUGUUAUGUCUCGAGGAAGAUAUGCGGUAGUUUUGACAAUUCAUAGUCUCGAAUUGUGGGACAUUCAGCAUGCAAAGGCGAAGCGUCUUGGUGUGCUCGAGAUUGACCCGAAGCGUAUCCCAGAGCGGAUCACUCAGAGUCGAGUUGCGAGUGAGAGGGCGUUGACCAGUCGUGUGAUCGUGGGAUACUUCCAAGAUAGCGCGACUGAGGCUUGGGAAUUUCUACUUCCCAUCGGGGACGGUGUCUCGACCAGAAAGGCAGGGUUUCAAGAGAUUAUCCGAUCGCUUGGUGAUAUCAAUCUGCAUGUUCAGAACCGGUUCGGGUCCAAGAUAUCGAUCUGUGACAAUAUGAACGCCAGCAAUCGGCCUAUUGAUCCUCGAACGCCCAGUGCUAUGGGAUAUGCUGCAGCACUGGCCAAGAAUGACACCAUUGAGAUGGUCAAGUCCCAAGAAGAACUAGACUCAAAUAAGCCUCGUCUAUCCUCAGGGGUUUCCUUCGAGACUGGAAUUUCGAACCCAAAAGCUAUGAGUGCAAGUGGACUUGGUAAGGUUGUCCUGGUCAACGACGACAGCAGCAGCCUCAGUAUCUGGGAUGCCAAAACAGGCUCCUGGGAAUACCAGCACGAGCUGGACGGGACUGACACUAUCAAGACAUUUGCGUGGGCAGUCUCACCACAAGGCCAACCUCUCCUCGCGGUUUGCUUCGAUUACCAUAUCGUCGUCCUCGCUCAAGUUAGAUAUUCGUAUCCGAUGCUCGAGAAUGCCUGGGUCGACCUGCGACAUAUUCGCAUACGAGAUUUCGCGACCUGUCGCAUUGGAGACUUGUGCUGGUUAAGAAGCGGUGACCUGGUCGUAGGCUCUGGCAUUCAAUUGCUGGUGUUCAAAGGUUACGCAAGAAGUCACCACAAUCAAAACGCCAAACCACUCCAGGAUAUCCAGAAGCGAGCAUCUUCCGAGUCUGUCUUCCCUGUCGUCUCUGCCACGAAUUCGCUUUUGCCUAUAUUUCACCCUCUGUUGCUUUCGCUGUUGUCUGCUGUUGUAGGUUUAACAGCCUGCAGACAGAUCAUGGUCCGGCUCAAUCAUGAACUCAAAUAUUUUACCGAAGGUGACACCUUGUCUAGUUUCCUCGAUUUCUGGAUAGGAGACUUGGGUCGGAGAAGUGUGGAGGGAAAAAUCAACGACAGCAUGGACCUCGUCAUGGACGGCGUUAAUGGUCAUGUCGAAGAACAAGCUAUCUCGGAUAUUACGGACAGUUUGACUGAGAAAUUGAAGCAGCAUGAGCUGUGGCAACUCGACGACGAAUCGCAAACCACAUUGAUCAAACAGGUAUCGGUGUACUCUGAACUGGAGAAACAGGAGCGAUCGAUCGAUGACAAUGCUCGCCGUUACCUUCAAGCAUUGUAUAGUUCAGACGACUCUGGAGUACCCUGGAGUGCAAUUGUAUUUGCAUCCCGGAGUAUAUCUCAAGAAGUAUUAGUUGACCUCGUUACCCGUUUUUACGGUGGCAAACUUACUUGGGAGGCUGCACGAAAGUCGGGCCUGUUCUGCUGGCUGUCUCACACAGAGGCUUUACAACAGCAAAUGGAAAACGUUGGCCGUGCAGAAUUUACCAAGCAUGAAGACCGAAAUCCUGUAGACAGUUCACUUUACUAUCUUGCGCUGCGCAAGAAGAACGUUCUUCAAGGUCUGUGGCGUAUGGCGAUUGGGGUUCGAGAGAAAGAAAAUACACUAAAGCUUCUGGCCAACAACUUUAGCGAUCCGAAAUGGAAGUCAACGGCAUUGAAGAACGCUUACGCACUUCUCAGCAAACGUCGUUUCCAGUACGCAGCAGCAUUCUUUCUCCUUGGGGACAGCCUAUGGGAUGCAGUGAAUGUGUGUAUUCACCAAGUCAAAGAUCUCCAGCUCGCCAUCGCCAUUGCUCGAGUAUAUGGGUCAGGUCAAGAUUCCGCAUUGACCAGACUUCUCGAGCAGAGAGUUUUGUCGCAAGCCGUCGAAAGCGAGCAUGGUAGAUGGAUGGCUAGUUGGGCGUUUUCACUGCUGGGUCAAACAGAAGAAGCAAUCCGGGUUCUUGUUCAUCCUGUUCACGUUGUGGUCGGGAAAGACCUGGACACAAUUGAAGGUUCAAUGGUUGGUUCACUGAGCUAUACUGCCAACGAUCCUCUCUUGUCCGUUCUUUACCCCCAACUCCGCGCCGACUUUGUGAAACAGAACAAAUGGCGCGACAUUAUCAGUCCCCAAGAUGAAUGGUCGUUUAUCAUGCGAUGCGUACGGCAAUAUGUGCGGAUGGGCUGUGACGUACUCGCCCUUGGGUUGGUUAGAGAUUGGGAGUUUGUGGCGGAAAGUCAGGUCGCUGCGCCGACUCAAGAACAAGAGGCCGAAGCCGUGUCUCCCAAGAUCCAAUUGCAAAGACGGAAGACAUUUUUCGAUCUAGAGAAGGAAGAGGAUCAGGCCAACAUUGCAAAAGCGAAGGUCCACCAUACCGAGAAGAAACCAGCACCGACACAAUUUGUUGAGCCGAGUAUGGACAGUUUGUUAGAUAAUUUCGGAUUCUGA